UCCAGCGCGGCGAUGGGGCUAUCGAAAUGCCUAACGCCGGUGAGCCCAUCUGCCCGAGUGGGAUUUGUCGGCUCCCAAUCCGCAGAAUGGCAGCACUGCAUAACGGCGUCAAGCUUAGUCAGCAGCGACGCCACCUUUUUUUUCCGCCACCCUAGAAUCCCGCGCCUGAAGAUUUCUCUUCUCCAGAAUCGACCAAACAGGCAUCUCCUUUUCCGAAUGAAAGGAUCAGAUGUUUUUUCGGAUCUUGAGCUUAGGAGACCUGAAGAAAGAAGAGUGCCGUAUAGACAUGCAAAUGGAAUAUUUUGGAUUUUACUUCUCAACAUUGGCAUUUUUGCAGCAGAUCACUUGUUUCAGAUUAGAGAAAUCAAGUCCUUAUACCUGUACCACAGCCGGCCAGCUUGGUACCAGUUUAUAACCUCAGCAUUUUGCCACUUUAACUGGAACCACUUAUCCAGCAACCUCUUCUUCUUAUAUAUAUUUGGUAAGAGCAAAUUCUUGUUCUUCAUCAG